AUGGACCAUCAUUCCAAGAUGGACUCCAAGUAUGUUUCUGGGACGGAGAGUACCUCCGACAACAACAAGAACGGCGAUCACCACUUGACCAACAUCGAGUCGGUCGCCAAUGGACAGCUCGUACCUAAGGUGCAUUUCAAUCUGUUUGCAGCGAUCGGCGUCUAG